AUGUACCAGUCCGGCGAUUUCAGCCGAUUGAGCACUCGAGUGUUGAGCUUGGAAAACGCGCAGUUAGAAGCGCGAGAAGACAACCAGGAAAAACUUGCUCGAGUUGACGACAUGAUGGAUGGUCAUCGAAUGAUGCUCAACCGAUUCAAUGGUACUUUAGCAACUCUUACCAUGAACAAGGCAUUACUCAAUGGAAAGCUGGAUGAUUUCAGUGAAGGAAUUUCAAAGCUAGUCUUGGCGCUUUCGGAAACAACGGACAAGCAGGGCGCGCUCACUGAAAAGGUGCUCAGAAUGGAAAACUCAUUUGAUGCAUUUACAAAAUCUGCGAAAACACAUGUGCAUGAAUAUCUGCAUGCUAAAUUGAAAACACUGGAAACUAAGGAACUGGUGAUACAAAAUGAAGUCAGAAAGCUCAAAGAGCUUGUCGCUGAUGCCGAACAAGAGCUCGACCGAGUGAAAUCGUUAGAAAUCGUCUUCAAAGAAAACGUUGACUCUUCUGUCCGAAGACUGCGUCAAGAAUUCGAGGGACUCAAAAACGCUCGCGACAUUGCCGAUUUCCGUUUGGAACAAAAAGUGCAGGAUAAAAUGGACGAACUACAAAAGAACCUUAAUGAUGAGCGGGGAAGCGAAACUUUACUGAAGAUUUUUGCAAAUAGAACGUCAAUAUUAUCGGAUAAUAUCAAAACGGAAAUUCAAGAUCUGCAGGAGGAACUGUCGCGUCUAGAAAGUAUCUUCAUGGAGCGAAAUGAUGAAAUUAAGCAGAACACUACUGCGCUAGCCCGAACUGUCCAGAGCUCUAUCGUGGAUGCAGUUCGCCGUGAGAAUGAUGUUUCUUCGAAGAUGAAUUCGUUGCGGUCUGAUCUAGACUCACUCACUUUAGUCGCCACUCGUCAAGCUGGAACUUACGAAGAACGGCUGAAUGCUGCAGUUUUGAAGAUUAACUCUCUAAUAGACACUUUGACGCAGACUACCUCAGAACAGUCGGACAGGUUAGCCCAUACCACCAGCGAAAUUGGACAGCUUUCCGCGAAAGUCGAGUACUUAAAGUCAAAUACGCUUGAUAAGACAUUCUGGAAGUACGACGACUUUGAGACAAUUUACAAGCAAAUGAAAGAUCUAGCCACAUUUAAUGUUGAGCUCAAACUAGCUCAACUCAGAUCAGCUAUGGAGACGAAAAUUGUGGCGACGCAACUGGCACUGGAACAAGACACUGAUGAGAUGGACGAGAAAAUAGAUGAAAUCACGGAGAAGCUGUCAAGAACUGCCCGACUCGAGGAAAAAAUACGAGCAGUGCAGGAAAGCAACGACCUGACUUCCGCACAGCUCAAGAAAAUGGUCCAUGAGAAGACCGAGGAUCUUAUUCAACAACAAGCUCGUCUCGUCACUGUUGUAAACAGCUUGCGUGCCAAGUUGGCCGAUACUGAGCAAGAUGAAUUUGCUAGGCUUUCUUCAGAAAUUGAUCGCCAGGCGCGAUUGACGAUCGACCUCAAUUCUAAAGUUGAAUCUCACAACGGUCAAUUCAAAGAAUUAGAAGAACUAAUUUCAAGUUUGAAAUCAACAAGGAGCGACUCAGUUGCCAACAACCAAAUCAUAAGCCAGGCUUUUUAA